GGGACAACAUGCCAACUGCCAAGCAACUAGCUGACAUUGGCUACAAGACCUUCUCCACCUCCAUGAUGCUCCUAACUGUGUAUGGGGGCUACCUCUGCAGUGUCCGAGCCUACCACUAUUUCCAGCGGCGCAGCUCCCGGCGCCAGGCUGCAGAAGAACAGAAGACCUCAGGAGCCCUGUAGAACUGGGGGCUUUUUGCCUUGAGCAGAGAGGCCUGAGGCAUGCUGUGGAAAGACUGCAUCUGCAAUCAUUUCUGAGUCAAGAGGACCAGGGCCUUAACUGGCUUUCGAACUCUGGAAAAUGCCCAUGUUUUCUCUGGUACAGCCAGUUUGGAGAGGCUAUCAAAUCAAAACAGGAAUGGGAGGGUGAGGCACACCUAUAGACAUAAAAUACUUUGCCAUA